CAGGCGAUUUGCUCUGGAGGGAAGGAAUGAGGGAGGGGCCGACAAGGCUUGGCUGUCCCAUGAGCACACACAUCCACUCACUCCCACACACACUCACAGGGAUCAGAGACACUCCAGAUAGAGACGUCACCUCACUGCCCUCCUCUUUGCUCUUUGGACCUCGAAAAUUGCGGACUGCCGAAUGAGUUGCUCCCCUGCUGCGGAGUGAGUGCGUCUUUUCAGAUUUCCCCCCCCUCACAGCUGAUGCUGUGGCUUUCAAACGGCUGAGACAUUAGGGGAAUACUUCCUGACUGAGUGAGAUCUGGAUCUGAUUAGAGCGUGGAUCCGUUGAGCUUGAUGCUGCAGACAUGUAGCCAGACCUUGAGCGCUGUCUGACCAGGGGAUUGUGGAAGUGAAUGAGAGCUUUAUGUGAAGGUGGAAAGAGAGAUGCUUUUCCUGGAGCGCCCGUGUGUGAUGAACCUGGAGCGUAGUGAAAGAGGGGAGCGUCCCUCUCCUCGAGGCCUGGAGAUGGAGCCACGUGUUGGAGGAAAAAUGGGGAAGAUAUCCGUUGGCUUCCAGAGGAGCUCCACCUCAGAUGAUGACUCUGGGUGUGCACUGGAGGAGUAUGCGUGGGUGCCACCGGGAGUCAGGCCUGAGCAGGUCCAAAUGUAUUUCUCCUGUCUACCAGAGGAAAAGGUGCCGUACGUCAACAGCCCCGGGGAGAAGCACAGGAUCCGACAGCUCCUCUACCAGCUGCCACCGCAUGACAACGAGGUGCGUUACUGCCAUUCUCUCACUGAGGAGGAAAAGAGGGAGCUCCACAUGUUUAGUGCCCAGAGGAAGAGGGAGGCACUAGGGAGAGGAACACCCAAGAUCCUGCCGCGAGCUCUGCAACACACCCGCUGUGAAAAUUGUGGUGGAGGCAUCAAUGGAGGGGAAAUGGCAAUUUUUGCCUCCAGAGCAGGCCCGAGCCCCUGCUGGCACCCAGCGUGCUUUGUGUGUGCCACAUGUCAAGAGCUGCUGGUGGAUCUGAUCUAUUUCUACCAAAAUGGCAAGAUCCUCUGCGGAAGACACCAUGCUGAGCUUCUCAAACCACGAUGCUCUUCUUGUGAUGAGAUCAUAUUUUCCGAUGAGUGCACUGAAGCAGAGGGUCGUCACUGGCACAUGAAGCACUUUGCCUGUUUCGAGUGUGAGACUAUGCUAGGGGGGCAGCGCUACAUCAUGAAAGAUGGCCGACCCUAUUGUUGUGGCUGCUUUGAGUCACUGUACGCGGAGUACUGUGAGGCCUGUGGUGAAAACAUUGGUGUUGAUCAUGCCCAGAUGACGUAUGAAGGUGUACACUGGCAUGCCACAGACCAGUGCUUCUGUUGUGCCCAGUGCAAGACAUCCUUGCUGGGCUGCCCAUUCUUGCCAAAGCAGGGUCGAAUCUAUUGCUCAAAGGCCUGUAGUCAGGGGGAAGAUAUACAUGCCUCCGACUCGUCUGAUUCUGCCUUCCAGUCUGCUCGCUCACGUGAAUCACGGCGCAGUGUCCGCAUGGGGAAGAGCAGCAAGCCUGCCGAACAGUGGAGACAGUCACAGCUCUUUAACCCCCCCGCCACCGUCCCAUCGUUUGAGUAUAAGUUUGGAGAUGAAGAGGGUGACAGAGAUGCUGAUUGUGACAUGGGUAUCAUAGGGCGCAAGCUGACCCAUCUAGGCCUGGAAGAGGAGAGGUUUUGGAGGGAGCGGGAGGACCAGGAUGCCGGUGGAGAGGAGGAUCCAGAGGAGUGGGCACAGCAUGAAGACUAUAUGACUCAGCUCCUACUCAAGUUUGGUGACCGCGGGAUGCUACUUCAGCAGCCACCCCUAAAAUCUCCCAGCCCCAGCAGUGACAGAAACAGACUAAUAAAUGUCUCUGACCCAUGGCUUAAGCCUGAUAUUACAUCUAUGGGGGUUACUGCCUCCUCUCCAACCCCUGCCAGUCCCACUCAGAGCCAGACUUCCAAUCAAUCCCGAGCCAACAGCCUUAGCCCUGGACUGAUAAGCAAGAAGCACCUGCCUGAAAUGUACUGGGCCCAGUCCCAGGAUGGCUUGGGAGACUCAGCUUAUGGGAGUCAUCCAGGUCCUGCCAGUGCCAGAAAGAUUCAAGAGCUUGAGUUGGACCAAGAUCAGGACCAAUCUGGGACGGGAAGACAGGCUUUCUGGCCAGACACAAGGCAAUGGUAUGAAGACUCCCUUGAGUGUAUCGCUGAUGAGCUGAGGAAAGUUGAGCAGGGUGCUGGAGACUCCAUGGAUUCCUUGGCACUCUCUAACAUUACUGGUGCAUCAGUAGAAGGAGACGGCAGGGAUAGGCCUUUGGUCUACACCCUUGCCAUGCAGGAUCCCUCGGUGGCAGAUGACUGUGAGAAGAUGAGCAACAUGGGAACCUUUAAUUCAUCUCAUCUUCACCACAGUGCCAACUCUCUCAACCUCAACAUGGAGAAGGGCGAUGACGAGGAGGUAGCUUUUGCAAUGAGGGGAGCCGCACCAGGAGGACUUAUCUCCCCAAUGUCCACACAUUCAGAAGGUAUCUCUCCCUCCUUUGUCCAUGCCCCAGCUCUGAGGAGGAGCAAGUCCCAGUCCAGGCCUCCUCAGAUGGUAAAGUUCUCAGAAGACACUGUGGACAAUGGAUAUAACGAUGGGUUUGAUGUCAGUAUGAGAAAGCAUCCCAUGAGUGAGAGGCCACAGCGGAGGGUGUACUGCCCAGAUGAGAUGGGCCGAGAAAGAAGUCGCCCAACAAGCCACCAUGGGCGCAGCAGGCAGCACCACCACCGCCAAGGCCGGCACCAUAGGAGCCGUAAAACCCGCUCGGACAACAACCUUCACAUGGUGCCUUUGGAGAAAGCACAGAGGCCGUAUGAGCCACAGCAGCAGGGUCUGGUAAACACUCCUUGUGGUGCCAUGCUCCUACAGCAUCCCGCACACAGGCUGCCCUUAGCCUACUCCCAAACCCGAUCUGACUAUAUGCCUCAGGGCUCAGCUCAAGGAGACGCACGGGUUGAGCAUUUCAUGGGUCUCUACAGGGAUGAGGAUGACUGUUGCUCUACUUGCUCUUCCUCAUCAUCGGACUCUGAGGAGGAGGGCUAUUUCCUGGGCCAGCCCAUCCCUCAGCCUCGAGCGGCUGGGCGCUACUAUGCUGAAGACUACCCAACAAGGGUUACAGCCCUCACCUCCCAGAGCCAUGGCUCACAGACUGGUCGUAGAAAGAGCCACCGUUCCAAAAACUGUAUCAUCUCUUAACAGCUCAGAGUACAUUUAUAUUAUAAUCUGCACCACACUAGGCAAUAAAGUCAGAUUUUUUGAUCAUGUGGACUGGUUACAGAAAGGCUGUUUAAAACAACCCAUAUGCACAGACUGUGUAUUACGCCCUAGGUGCAUGGCCAAAUCUCAAGAUGCAUAUCAUAUUGGGUGGAAUCUACAAAAAAAGAAUAAAUCAACUAAACUGCUAAGACAGCAAAGGAAAGACUAGAUGUGUGUAACAUAGUCAGAAAAUCUGUUCUUUGUGUGUGUGCAAAUUUGACCUAGAUACUGGGUUUGAUUGAAUUUUAGCACUAAUAUGAUGCAUGGACUGGUAAUUUUGGACACAUUUAGACAGUGCAGACCAAAAUUAUGCAGAGUUGUCAGAAUGACAAACAUUUUCUUUCAUUUCAGCAUUUGCCAUUAAGUUUUAAAUAAAAUGUUUUAUGUUCAGUUAAACGUUUUGCAGCAAUAUCUUUGUGCGCGUUGAAAUGGCAACACAUUGUACACAGAGGUUGACAAAGUAGAAAAUAGAAACAAACCAAAUAAUUAUUUAAUGCAUAAUAGUACAAAAUGAUAAUGUAUAUACUAAGUUAAGAUUUUAAUACCGGUAUUUUUGUAUCUGUGGUUUAAAGAAUUGUUUCUUUUGAAGUGAAUGGUAUAGAAAAUAGCAGUUAUAAAGGUGUACAAACAGACCUCGUUAAUGUUCUAUGAAAAACAACAAAGAAGGUGCCACUUCAUAAACUGUGUUCUUCACAGUUAAGUGCCAUGUUACUCUGUAACAAUGUCUAUUAUAAUGUAUACUCCACAAUGCUCACUAUUGGUGUACAAAAUAUUAAAACAAAUAGCGGCAACUCUUGCAUUCUCCAUAUUCAGCUGAACUGUUCACUACCCUUGCUCUGACAUAACCAGCUAAAUGCUUCGUGAUGUAAAGACGCUUGUAAUAAAUAAUUUUCUCCUCAUAAAGCUUCAGGAAUGAUUAUUGUUUUCUUCAAAUGUUUGACCCAUUUAUUUUUAAAUUAAAUAUUGUGUAGCUCUCAGAUUGUACUGGUCUUUUAUAGUGAGUUGCACCAAAGAGUUCAUGGCAUUUUGAACUUUUGAAAACCUGGAAAUGAUCAAAUCUUGUAAAAAUGUAAUAUGUAACAUGCACAUCGUAAGAGUGGCGAUUGGAAAUGAUGUGCAUGCAUUUAAAUUUUAAAGUAUCACAUGUUAGGAAUCUGUAACAUGCAAAAACCUAUAUGGCAUGUGAACUGAUCCUUAAACACUGGAUGAGGUCUAUGAUGUUGAUGGGCCAUUUAUGAAUCUUGUGUCAAUACAUCACAAAAAAGAAACCUUCAAGUUAACAGAAAUCAUCUUUACUACAUCCUUCAGAGACAUCUCAGUUUAUGCAAAACUUUGUCUCAAUUUCACCAAAUAAUUAAGCUUUGUGACUGAUUUUCCCAGAGGGAGUGGGGGGGCAUAAAGUUUGAAAGGCAAAAUGAGACAACACAAUAAAAAGGAACUGAACAGGCAGUACAAA